GCUCUAGCGGACGCGGCAAGUUGGUCCAGGAGCGGCCGGCGACCCACAUCGUGGUUCCCUUCUGCCACCUCAAGGCUCCAUCCUCCAGCGCCGCCACACCAGGCGCUCGCUUUACCAUCCUCCCCCAAGCCCCGGCGCGGCACCCUGUCGGUAGGCUGGUGCUCGUGCGCCGGUCGCGGCUCCUGAGGGCCUCCGACGAGGCGGAGCGGGCGAGAGAGCGCGAUGGCGUCGCUGGGGCGGCUCAAGUCCGCCAUCUUCGACAGGGAGGAGAGGAAGAUUUUGCUUGUGGUUCAUAGGCUGCUCUGGAUGUUGGAUUGAUGGAUGCAGGCAGUACCAGUCGCACAUCCAGGGGCUCAAUGCAUACGAUCGCCAUAAGAAGUUCAUGAAGGAUUACGUUCAGUUUUAUGGCCAUCAGAAAAAUGUGGAUAACAGUCUGCCCAUCAAAACUGAUAAAGAUACAUUGAGAGAAGGAUACAGGUUCAUUCUUUCAGAGGAAGAUGACAUGGAUUCAACUUGGGAGAAGAGGCUGGUCAAACGUUACUAUGACAAGCUUUUUAAAGAGUAUUGCAUUGCUGACAUGACCCAGUAUAAAAAAUGCAAGGCAUGCACCCUUGUAACACAGAAGCGAACAACUAUUAACGAUAUGGCAGUUGUGCAUUUUCAGUGGCAGGAUGAUGAAUGGAUGCCCAACCAGUUUUUUUUCCUUCUAAAAUCAUCUGUAGUUUUGGAUAUGAAUCCCAUCUUACAAGGGUAUAUUCUCCUGCAGAUUGGAUUGAGAUGGAGAACAGAAAAGGAAGUGAUAUCUGGCAAAGGGCAAUUUAUCUGUGGCAGUAGGCAUUGUGAUGAAAAACAUGGGCUAGGUAGUUAUGAGGUGAAUUUUUCUUAUGUUGAGGCAGGGGAGCAGAAACAAGCACUAGUGAAGCUGGUAGCUUGCAAGAGAUGUGCAGAAAAGCUUGCUUAUAAGAGGCUGAAGGAGAAAGAGAAAGAGAAGGAGGAGGAUCCCUACGGUGAAAAGGAAAUUAAGUUGAAAGACAGGGACAAGAGAAAGAGAGAACAUGAAGAAAGUGAUGACACCUCUGAGGAUGAGGCCAAGAAAGAUCGAAGAAAGAAAAAAGAUCGGAAGGGAGCUUCUUCAAGGAGUUCAGGAAACAACGGUGAAGGUUUUGAAGAGUUCCUCAAAGGCAUGUUCCCAUGAUCUGGUUAUCUUAGUGGCCAGAAAAAGUUCUUCCAUGCUCUUUCGGGGAAAAAAAGAGCACGGAUCUUGUAACAAAGCCAUUAGUAGCGGAGUAGCAAAUCGUUGCAAAUCCGACCCUUGAUGUGCUUUGACUACAAGUCAAUGUAGGCGCGCUAUCUGUAAUUAUGUGUGCCCUUGUUUCAUUUUCACAUCGAGAUGCCUGUUACUCUGUUAGUCAAAGAAAAGAUGAAUGUAACUACUCGUGGGUCUACUUUAGUGUUACACUGAAGGAGUGAAGGACAAUUUCAGCAACA